GCGAGCCACCUACAAACUUACAUAGUCCAUGUGCAACAGCCUGAGAAUAUGGUUUUUUCCAGCUCCGAAGAUAGGGAGGAUUGGCAUAGAUCCUUCUUACCUGUUGCUACAGCGAGCUCUGGUUAUGACUCGCAGCGAAUGGUCUACUCAUAUCGCAACGUGAUCAGUGGAUUCACUGCGAGGUUGACCGAGGAGGAAGUAAAGGCCAUGGAAUCGAUGGAUGGGUUUGUGUCCGCUCGCCCUGAUCGGCUAUCCCAUCUCAUGACAACUCGUACCCCUGCCUUCUUAGGGUUGCACCAGAACAUGGGUUUCUGGAAAGACUCCAAUUUUGGCGAAGGCGUGAUAAUCGGGGUGGUGGACAGUGGGGUACUUCCAAGUCACCCUUCUUUUGGGGAUGGGGGCAUGCCUCCGCCACCUUCCACAUGGAAAGGCAGUUGCGAAUUUAACAAGACCGACUGUAACAAUAAGAUCAUCGGUGCAAGAUCUUUCAACAAGGGUAUUGUAGCCAGGAAAGGUGCAGUAAUGGCAGGAGCAGCAGUCUCGCCUCUUGAUGAUGAUGGGCAUGGGACUCACACAGCUAGCACUGCAGCAGGAACAUUUGUUCAGAAUGCAAAUGCGCUCGGGAAUGCUAAUGGAACUGCAGCUGGAAUAGCACCGUUAGCUCACCUGGCUAUUUACAGGGUAUGCUUUGGAGUGGAUUGCACCGACAGCGACAUUUUAGCUGGUAUAGAUAGCGCUGUAGAGGAUGGAGUCGACGUGAUUUCAAUCUCCCUCGUUGUUGAAAAUUCCACGUCUUUCUCAGAUGACGCUGUCGCCAUAGCCUCAUUUGGGGCGACAGAAAAGGGAAUUUUUGUUAGCUGCGCAGCAGCAAAUUCAGGGCCAUUUAACAGCACACUUGCGAACGACGCUCCAUGGAUCUUGACAGUCGGUGCAAGUACCAUGGAUAGAAGCAUCAUUGCAACAGUAAAGCUCGGAAAUGGAAAAGAAUACAACGGCCAAUCUCUCUUCCAACCCAAAGACUUCCGAUCCACUCAGUUGCCACUCGUAUAUCCUGGUGCCAACGGAAAUCCAGAUACAAUGACAUGUGAAGAUGGCUCCUUGAAUGGCACUGACGUCAAAGGAAAGAUCGUGUUGUGUAAUCGUGGUGGAAGUGCACGGACUGAUAAGGGUGUGGUCAUCAAAAAUGCUGGCGGAGCCGGCAUGAUUCUCCUGAACAGGCAGCAAGAUGGUUUUAAUACCGAAGCUGAUCCUCACGUACUUCCAGCAUCGCAUGUGAGCUUCACCAGCGGACUGAAUAUCAAAGCUUACGUGAAUUCAACAUACGCUCCAACUGCAGCAGUAGUUUUCAAGGGAACGGUUCUUGGAACAUCACCAGCUCCGGCAGUCGCUUCUUUCUCAUCAAGAGGACCAAGUAUCAUGAGCCCAGGCAUUUUAAAGCCGGAUAUCAUUGGUCCUGGGGUUAAUGUUCUCGCUGCAUGGCCCUUCCAAAUCGGACCAUCUGCUAGUGCAGAAUACACACCUUCUUUCAAUGUAAGAUCUGGCACUUCGAUGUCAGCCCCACACCUCAGUGGGGCUGCAGCGCUGAUCAAGAGCGCGCACCCCAACUGGUCGCCGGCCGCAAUCAAGUCAGCCAUCAUGACAACGGCUGACUUAGUUACCAAUGACGGGAGAUUGAUCGUCGACGAGAAUCUUAGACCCGCGGACCUCUUUGCGACCGGUGCAGGCCACAUGAACCCUUCAAAAGCCAGCAAUCCGGGUCUGAUCUAUGACCUUCAGCCCUACAAUUACAUCUCUUACCUCUGUGGUUUGGGGUACACGGAUACACAGGUCGGAGCAAUCGCUUGUCGUUCGAUUAGUUGCUCGAAUAUCACAAGCAUCGUUGAAGGGGAGCUGAACUACCCUUCGUUUUUGGUGAGGUUAGGCCCCACCCAGACAUUUCAUCGAACGGUUACUAACGUUGGGAAGGCGAAAUCCACGUACUCAGUUAAGAUUGUCAUGCCGCAAGGGGUCAACGUUGUCGUUGAGCCGGAUGCACUUUGCUUUUCUGAAGUCAACCAGGAGGAGACCUUUUCGGUGACUUUCAGUCGUACCAGCUGGGGUGGGCAAUCCCCGUUUAGUCAAGGGUUCCUGAAGUGGGUCUCUUCCGAGACAUCGGUAAGGAGUCCCAUCUCCAUAAUCUUCAUGUGA